CUUUACAGAGUUGGAGACAAGCAGCUUGUCACACUUAAACGGCACAUAUUAUGCUGAGUGAGUCAACAGUUAUCAAAAUGGACCAGAGGUUGUUGCUGAGAAUCAUCAUCGCUGAAGAUGAUAUAAGGAAGUUGACUUUAAAUAAGAGACCACAGUCCAUUGAAGAAUUCAAAGUGCAACUGGUGGAUAAACUGUCACUGCAGUAUGACUUUAAACUGCAGUAUGAAGAUCAAGACUUCAAUAAUGCCCUCUGCAAUUUGACUGAAAUAAGUGAUUUACCUGAAAGAGCUACAGUCAAACUCAUCCCUCUUGUGAGUCUCCAUUUAACAGCAUUGUCAUCACCCACCACAACAUCAGACACUGAGUGCAGCACAGCAGACACUGAGAUCCUGUCGACUGUAGGAGCAUCACCAUCGCUAAGACAAAGGUGGCCAGACUUUUUUGACAUACCCAAUUUCUCAGUAGAUGUUGAGUAUAGGCUCAGACAGGCAGAUCUUGCAUUUAUGAAAGAUGAAACACGUAUGACUCUACCACGAGAUAUGAAGCAUGACAUACUAGAAAAGCUUGCUGAGACAAUGUACCGUUUCAAGGCUUACCCUGAUGAUGAUAACUUCAGCAGUGUUGCAAAAGCACUGAUUAGCAAAUACCCCUGCCUCACUGAGCCUGGACCACAUGGAUGGUAUGGCUGGAAAAACAGCCUUAAAUUUAAGAUGGCCAAUUAUCGCACAAAGCUUCGAAAAGCUGGAUGUGAGGAUGUAGCAAUCAAUGGAGGCAAAAGAAGUAAAGAGGGAGAAUCCUCAAGCAAGAAUCUCAAACGGCCAAAGAGAGGUGAAGCAAACUACCUGCCUAACUUACCUGAAGGACAUGAUGAAACAAGGCUUGAAAAUGCCAGAAUGGUUCUAGUGGAAGAAAUGAAGAAAAAACAACCAAAUGGCACUCUCAUUUCACAAAUGAUGGACCAAUCAUUCCCACUACGCAGACAAGAAAUUGUAAAAAAGGAGCCUGCUGUACAGACCAUGGUUGAACGAGUGCCAGCACUCUUCACAGAGAGACAGGUGUUUGCUGAGUUUAAUAGAAUCGACAGUAAGAAUCUUGAGGGAAACUUCUUUGAGGCUCUGGACCAGUACGUCCCACGUUUCAUCGAACUUUUCAAAACAAAAAAGGGAACUGUUGGCCAGAAACUCAGGGAGCUGAUGCAGCACAUGAGCUGGAUGACACCAGACGUGACAGUACUUCGCUCUGUUGUCCUCAAAGGCAUUCCCAUUUUACUCGGUGACGACUCCAGUGAAUUCUACAAGACCUGCUCUGAUACAGCGAGAGACGAGGCCCUAGAAUGCAUCACUGUUGGUGUGCUGACAGUUGUCAGUGAAGAUAGUCCUCACGAGGGUCAAAGCUCAGUGGACCUCCAGCCCAUCUCCACUGCCAUCAUUCUGGAGGGAGGUAUUGUCAUGGAUCAUAUUAAAAACUUGCCUCAGGCAGUUUGUCUGUUGUUUGGGCUUACAUAUGCGUUGCAUUUGGAUUACCCAAAAUGCAUGGCAAAUACGCUCAACUUCAUUCAGACUGUGAUGCUUGGACUGAAAGAAAAAACUCCCACCAAAACUGUUAACUCUGAAGAACAGUCUUCUGGGUUAGAACAGUAAAGAGCCGUCAGCUGUCAGAUAGCACUUUGUAAGCUUUGCAGCCAUUAAUUUUCUCCUGUUAUCAGAGAAAGUUUGAUGCUUUCAUGCAACUGUUCUCGCUUAUUUACGAUCUCAAUUAAAAAAAAGAAAAGUUCCAUUGAAGUCUGUACCAUGUUAUGCAGGUAUGCUAAUGGUGGAAAUAGAGUUGUUUGCAAAGAGUUGUUAGUUGUUAUUAGAUGAUAAUGUUAGAAAAGAACCUAUCAAGGUUGUCCUGUUUACAUUUGUGUUUUGGGAAAACUUUUAAUAGUUGUAAUGUAGUACAAAUACAAACCCCAAGGAGUGAUGUUUAAUCUUUGGACUGUUCAAUUUGGGAAACAAAAGCAUUUGUUGUACUUUCAGUUUUGAUCAGAAAUGCACUGAUUUUGCAUGCACUUAAGUCCUGUAGUUAUCAGGUGUUUACCUGUUUAAUAUUGGGAGACUGUUAUUAGCUCACAGAAAUGUGGUUUUAUUUUUUAUAUUUUUCCAUGUCAUUUUCUACAGUUAAAUCAAACAAAAACUUUGUUGUUUAGCUGCUGUUUUGUACUUGAAUGUGCAUUGAAUAAAUGUUGUAAUGGAGCUGAAUCAACCCAGUGAGUGUUCUUUUAAAGUAUAUGUUUGUGGUGUGUUUGCCUUUAUUAGAUAGUAACAGCAAAAAUAGAUAAGAAAUGGGGGAGAGAAAAGGCCACAGGUUGGACCCAAACCUGGGUAGCUGCAACAAGGACCCAUUCAAGGAAAUUGGUUUCUUUAAUUUAAGUGAACUUGAAAAAUGAGUGAGCAGAACUAA